AUGCUGGGUAAGGCUCCACCCACAACCAGUAACCUCAACCUGGUGAACGCUGAAGUUUCUGACACCACGGACGCCGCGUACGGAAACGACAAUAUCCAGAUGGCUGACCUGGUGGAGAGUCUGGAUACCAGAGAGCUGGACAUCGGAGAAGGAGAGGAGAUCGACUACGAUGGGAGCUCCAUCGGUAAGUUUGAUUGGCUGAAAUUCACCCCAAAGUGUGAUAGAAACAAAGAAAAUUUUGAACCAAUUGGAGAAUCUUUCACUAAAAUCUAAGACUUAUAGGAUCAGUUGGUCUUUUUCAUAAUUUAGAUCUUACAAACUUCACCAGAGAAUACAACGUGAACAUCUGACCUAACACUGUAAACUAGCUAAGCACGAAAUCUUCAACAAAAGCCCACUUUUUUUUCCAAAGAUGCAGCCUACUCGCUCCCAAGAAGUCCGAACAACUCCUACAUGCACAAACUGAAGCACCACGCCAACCAACCGCCUCUCUCGCUCUCUUACUCUCUCUUUCUCUCUUUCUCUCCCAGGGGAAACCCGGAUCCCAUUUUCAGCUGUGUACGCCACAGUUGGCUUCAAGGAGGACAGCGCUAGGGUCUACCUCCCCACGGUGCCUAUCACUGCCCGCAUCCUGGAGGUGGAGAGAUUUACGUCUGCACAGGACCGCUUCAACCUGUCGCACCACAGGAGUGUCAACAAAGUACAAGCAAAUACUUGGGCAAACAUUGAGCAAAGAUUCAUGAAUCAUCGCUUCAUUUUCUCUCUCAGUUUUUCCUUUGCUGUCUUUUUGACCUUUAAGUGAUUGGAGGAUUUAUUGUGUGUCGUUAUAGUAACACUUUGUUUUACUAUGAUGAUUUCAGCCUUACUAGAGAUAAAGAUAAGCACUUUAUGUCACCCCACUCGUGUGUAGUCUCUACCAGCGGUGUUCAGGAUCGAGCUGAAGCACGGGGAGUUUACCUGGAUCAUCAAAAGGAAAGAGAAACAUUUCAUGGAGCUGCACAGAGAGCUGAGGACCUACAAAACCUUCAUGAGGAUACCUCUGCCUUCACGCAGGUCAGCGCCCGCCCGCACACAAACGCCCAAACGCACACAUAGAUUAGAACUCCCACAGACACGCACAUGCGCCGGGGGUUCGAGUUUGGAUGUAUACAAAGCACACACAUCGUUGUUUUUGUCACGCUGCAAUCGCUUGUCAUAUUUUGUAGAUCAGCAGUCCAGCGUUUGUGCUGAAAGUGGUAAAAUGAAUGUUUUGAAUCGCAGGUCAGAACUCUUAAAAAACUUAGUAGCCAAACCUGGACUAGUUUCUGGAUCCAAAAGAGGGUUUAGGGAAAGUCGGAAAACCAGAGGAGCAACAUGAGGAUAGUGAAAACACUUUCCAUGUUGGGGGGAGUUGAUGGCCUUGUGGUCUAAACACACCCCAUAUAGAGGCUUUCGUCUUUGUCACGUGUCUCCAAUUACGCUCUACUCUUCACGUUCCCUCUCUCUUUUCAGCUGCCUUGUCAAAUAAAGUCAAAACUCCUCAAAACAUGAUGAUUAGAAAUAUCCUCCAUGUUCUCACUGUGUGUUUUUGUCACAUUGUCAACAGUAAAUCAGUUGAAAAUCUGAUGCAGUCUUUGUCCCUGAUUCUUGCUGCACAUAUUAAGUGUCCAAAAAUUCAAAAAAGCGUCAUUACACCGCAGCAGAAACCAAAGUUAUUUUAGAAGAGGGUGUAAAUUUCAGUUUAUUUACAUUCUGCAUAUACGAUUGAACAUUCAAGCAUGACUACAGUCCUCCAUUUUUAUUAUUUGUCCGUCUCUCUCUUUAUCUGACUUUCUUUCUUUGGGGAUGGGGAAAAAAACUGAGGAAUGUAGUCCUUGGACUUUAAUAGGAUUUACUUUUGCCCUACUCCUUCUUCCUCUCUUCCCGUCACUAAAAAAAAAAAAAACCCUCCAUGUUUUUCUGUCAACUAAAUGUUCUUUUCUGCCUUCCUGCUUUCCUGAUUUGUAUAAAACACCAGCACUCAACAGCCUGCAACCUUUCAAAAUAAUUCAUGCUUUUACGUUUGCCUGUUUAAAUACCCUCCAGCACUAGAAAUCGUGUUUUAAUUUCGGUGCUGGAACAGGGCUUUUUAGCUUUGGGCAAUUUGAAAAGUGCUCUCUGUAAAAGUGUCCUCAAAUAGCUUGUAAUUAUCCUUUCAGCCACACAGUGAGGAGGAGGACAGUGAGGAAGAGCGAGGUGAGGGAGAUGCCCUCCUUGCCGAGGGGUGGUGGAGACGAGCUUGUGCGAGAGGAGCAGGUCUCCAGUAGGAGGGUAGGUAACAACAACGUCUCCACGUGCUUUUUUCUUUUUUCCUGCUUGGAAAAAAAUCAUUUUUUUCAUUUCCUAAUUUGAUGGCAAAGAGCUCUCCUGGUGCCCACUUGUUGCCAUGGCACUGUGUGUGUGUUUGUGUGUUUGUGUGUGUGUGUGUAAGCGUGUGCUGUGUGCAUGUUUGUGUUUCCUCGCAUGGAUCUUGUCAUUAAAAUACUCACAGUGGCCAAAAUGUAGUGUGUGUGUUUUUGCAGAGACAAUUAGAAGACUAUUUGAACAAGCUGCUGAGGAUGGCCAUGUACCGCAAAUAUCACCACACUGUGAGUAAUCAUACGAAGCACUACGAGCUGUGUCACUCCAACACAACCUCCUCAUGACAGCUGGCCUUUGCACAACUUCAGGUUUAUUCUUGUUUGUGUGUAUUAUCGAUUUCUGUCAAUGUGAACUAAAAGAACCCAGCCAGCUAGACACGAGAAAAACAGUAAAACAUACAUGCAGUAAAACUAAAAUAAUCCACUUUUUUCAGCAUUUUACUGUCCUUCACCCUCAGGGUAGAACAGUGAGUGCAGACCAAGAUCAUGUCUGUGUUUACCCAUAGCACCAUCUGCUUUAUGUUGACACACUACAGGACCCUAAACAUAUUAUUCUGACUUUAAGUACAAUCAGGAGCAAACAGCUGACAGCCAGGUUAAUACUUGCAGUAAAAAUGAUGUGUAAAUGAGAAACAAAUCAUUUCUAAAUGUGUCUUUUCUAGUUUAUUGGCUGUUCUUAGAUUGUAAUGAGACAUCAUAUACCAGUUUUUCCUCUUAAGCUUAUCUAUACUUACUUCAGUAGACACUCCCUUUUCUGCAGACAUGUCUCAGAAGACUUUCACAGAAUGUGUGACACAUUUAUUGUCAGAGGUCAGAAAACAAGGCUGAACAGAUUAAAAAAACAGACUUACCAUUGAAAAUAAAAAGAUUAUUCAUGAUUCAAUAUGAGUUUUACAUCAACAACGCAGCCACUAAACAUUAUGCAACUCUACUUCGUACAAUUAUUUUUACUGUAAAAUAUCAAGAUAAUUAUAUUGGUGUGAUAUUUAUGAAAAACUUAAAAUUUCAAUGAACACAGAGAAUAAAAUUGAGAAAAAGCUAAACAAGGGUAGAGUUUGUAUAAUUUUUCUGUCUUGUGUGUAGGUUGCUUUAUCUCCUUUAUUUUAAAUCCAUGCUUUUAUUUUGAAGUGUCUUAGGAUCUAUAAUAAAACCGUUAAAAGAACAGUUAAAAGGAAAUGGUUACUUAAGUAGUAACACAAGCUGUAACAUUUUGUUUGGAUGUCAAAAUGCAUAAUAAUAACUUUAUCUAUUUAUAUAGCACCUUCAAAAACAGAUGUUUGACAAAGUUCUUAAACAGAAGAAGCAAACAAAGACAGAAACCGAAAAAGGAAAAUCAUGAAAUUUAGGUUUUUAAAGCUCCUCUGGGGAACUUUCAAUUUGUGUGACUAAAUAUUCAUAUAACUUCUAUCGGGUUGGUCUUAAAUUUGGGGUGAAUGAUCUAUUUUUUUUGACGGUCAGAGAAUAAAUUUGUUACUAAUUGCAAGAGGCCUGGUUUUAAUGUAUAAUUUGAGGAAGUUUCAGGUGGAACAGGGUUUGAUUUCAUGUUGGCAAUCUGACAGGAAUUGGUGGGAGGGAAUGAGGCAGGUUUGGUGGACAAGUAGAUCUGGGUGUCAUCGGCAUAACAGUGACAAUGAAAGUUGAAUUUACGUAAAAUCUGCCCAAGGAGAUGUAGGUAGAUGAUCAACACAAGAGGCCCCAGGACGGUACCCUGUGGAACGCCGGUCACAAGGCUUGGAUGUGAAGGUUUUGAGUUGAAUGAACUCGGCCUGAGAAUCAAGAUUUAAACUAGUCUAAGUGGUCCUGUCCAGGGGUUUGUUAUGAUAGAUGGUGUCAAAGGCCACACUCAGAUUGAGGAGGAUGUUAAUGGUCAAAAGUUCAGAGUCAACUGCCUGUGUUCAAAAUGGGUCACAUAGUUCUGUCAAAGCGUUCAACCAGCUGUUUAUGAAGUCCAACGGUUGUCCAUUUAAGGCAGUUUGAACCCUGAACAGUACAUCGAGCUGAUUUCUACACUGUACAGCCUCUGAAUAUGAUAACAUGCUCUUGAGUAUACUAACUUACUGACAGAGCUUACUCACAGACCAGUUCUAUUUUUGGCCACACCACUAUGCCUGAUACGCUGACCUGCAUCAUUGUGACGCAUAAUAAGUAGAUAUCUGAGGUGACGCCGCUGUUGAUAAUUUAAGCUAUCAACUCAUGGAUGUUUGUGUGGGUGUUGUAGCUAAAAUAGUUACCUGCUUUCAGUCACAUAAUGAAGCAUAAAGAACUGUAUGUAUCCAUGUGUCUUUUGGUCCGACUACACAAGCGUUGGUAUGUGAAACGUCUUCCCGUCUAUUCUCAGAUGGAGUUUAUUGACAUCAGCCAGCUGUCUUUCAUUCAUGACUUGGGGCCCAAAGGACUGUGAGUGUUUUCUCCUCUUACAAAUCUCCCUUUCCUAUUCGUACAAAAGAUUCAGGUGUCUGAUGGAUUAGCACUCAGUUGUUUCCAGCAGAGAUUGCAGCAUGAGAUUGAGAUUUAAGAAUUACAAGAGGAUGCCAAACUGUCAGUUUAAGAAAAUUCCAAAUUUCUUGUAUCGAUUUGUAAACUUCUCAAUUAUAUUUUUGUCUGUUUUCAGGGAGGGGAUGAUCUAUAAGCGCUCAGGUGGACAUCGUAUCCCCGGCAUGAACUGCUGCGGUCACACCCAGGCCUGCUAUCGCUGGUCUAAACGGUGUGUGGUUACCUCUGUACCUUUGUGCUGCUGUCGUCUUUUGUUUUCUUUGUUUUUGUAGUUUCUUUUUGAAACUUUCUUCUUAUUUAUGUCUCAUUUGCUCCACUUUGUGCUACUUAAAUUCCCUCACUCUGAAUAUCGCUGCUUCUCCUUGUAUUUAAAGCUCCUGUGAAAAGUUUCUAACUGGUUGCCAAUUCGAUUAAAAACUGAGUCUUAAUGAGCUAAAAAAAAAAAAAACAACAACCCCAGUAACUAGAUUGAAAUAUCCUAUAAAGCCAUUUUGAAUGUCUGAACAUGUUGCAGAGGGUAGGUGUCAGACCAGAAGAGGCUGAUUUCUUUGUAGUUUCAACAGCAAAUAUUCACAAGGAGGCAGGAUGGGUUUUUUGGUCAGAAAAGGCUUCCUUUGAGUCUUAAAAACAAGAUCAGCAAACACGGAGAUGUACAUCUUUGUCCUCAGGGGGAGCAAAAAUCACACAAACAGGAAGUUACUGUCUGCACCUUUAAGCAAACACUGUACACAUAUGUGAAACAGCUCGUUUAAAUAUUCAAUUUCCGCUCUUGGCAGCAAGUCUUCUACUUUAACUACAGCUUAAAAGUGGACUUCCUUAAAGCUCCUGUGAGGGACUUUGUGUUUGUGUUGAUUUAUGCGCCCCCCAAGGACAAAGUAUUGCCUCUUAUUCCUUGUUAAUGUGGUUCUGGUGUCUUAAACAGUCACAAAUUUCUCUCACUGUGAAUUUUUGGUGUUUCCUGUUUGUCAUAAACCAUUUAGUCCGACACCGACCCCCUCACAGCAGUUUCAGGAAAAAAACAGAAACCACAUUAUAGAAAAAGUUAUUCCUGUUUCUUUUACUCUUGUUUACUUUUGUAGCUCAUAAAGAGACGUCAGUAUUAAUUUCCAGUCAGGUUUAGAAAUAUAUAAAAACUCCUCACGGGAGCUUUAACGUCUCAGACAUGAAGGAUUAAAAGAAGUGAUUAGCGUCUCAUGUUGUGUCGAUCCUUUUGUACUGGCAAACUUCUGAAAUGUAGGUGUGAUGGAAGUACAAAUUUCUGGCAGAGAGCUGUGUCACUGUGGGUGUUAAAACACAGUGAUUACUUUUUGCAUAUUUAAAAAUAUAAUAACGAUAACUUAAUAAGUGAAAGUGUUGGCUCAUUGUGUUUUAAUUAUUAUUUUUUUUAACACAAUUUUCACGGCAUCCACAAACCAGCUGCAGUGACACACGCUCGCCUUUCUGUUCAUCUGUUUGUCUCUUUCUGUCCCUCUUCUCUUCAUCACAGCCAAAUUAUUAUGUGAGCAGUUUUUAUUGUUGUUUUUCCAAAGACAACACAAAAUAAAUCCCACACGUUUGAAACGCUCGGCCCAUCCACCUACAUCCCCAUGUUGAUUUUCUUCCUACACCCGUUCCUCUGAACAAGAAAUACAAGAAACGUCGGCACACGACAUCACACAGACUAACUAAUCAUUAAUAAUCUCAAUGAUAAUGAUAUGAACUGUGUGUGUUUUCUGUAGCUGGCUGGUGGUGAAGGACUCCUGCUUGCUGUACAUGAAGCCCGACUCAGGGGCCAUCUCCUUCGUCCUGCUGGUGGACAAAGAGUUCAGCAUCAAGAUGGACUCAAAAGACACAGAGACCAAACACGGAGUCCGGGUCGAUAGUCUCUCCAGGUUAUUUUCCUCCGUGUGUGAGCGUGUGUUUGAAUAUUUGAAUUUUAUAGCAGAGAAAGAUUUCGACUUUUCAGAAACUCCCUAAAAACCUCCAGAGGCCAGCGUUAACCUUUUGUACUCAUGCGUGGUUUUGAGUGUAGGACGAGCGCAUUAAAGCAUUAGUAGUAGGAGGGAAACCCUUUUCCAGGGUUCCUGAGUAUGAAUUAGAAAUCACUUUCUCAAAUCUCAAAGACUGCAGUAAGAAAGAAAAUAAUAGGGAUGCAGCUUAGCUCAGUUAAAAGUGCUAAUCCAAAUAUUAUUUAUCAGGUGUUGACAGUUUAUAAAGAUGGAUGGCAUGUCCCCACCGCCUUCUGUUGCACAAAAGCAAAGCCAAAAUACACCAAAAGAAACAACCUGUCCAGCUUUGCAUUAAGUCAAGGACAAAAUAAAACUAAAAAUCACAUUUUCCUCACUUCGGCAAAACUCAUUUAAGUCCCACACUAAACUUUUUUAUUUUACCACUCUAAGUGUUCUCAGUGGUCUUUAAACUAUGAAGUUUUUACCAAAAAUCGCGUUACCUGUGUCAUUUUCAAGGACUUUUUUUCUGCAGAGCUCCAGUAGCUCAUUAGCAAUUCGCCUCUGAGUCGUUGGCGGAGACAGCGCUGCUCUGCACACUCGUCUUCACGUUAGCUUCCAGCCUUACAUCGCCGGUGUAGUAGAAGAAAUAGGUAACAUAGGAGCUAUGCAUACGCUUGUUUCGCAAUCGUCUUCGGUAUUUCUCCUCUAUUUGCAGAGUGUAGCCUGCAUAGCGGGACUCCGGGGGCGGAGCUUGGAUUGGUUACAUAGGAAAUCUCACUGUUUCUGAACCUGCCAUAGAGAUUCACAGCGAUUUGAAUUCAGAAAUACCCAAAAAAGCAAUUUUGCAGUUAAUUUUCUCAUGAUAUGUCCUCUAGCAUCAGAAAAAUGCCAUAUGAACAUGUAAAAUAAAAGAAAAACAUGAUUUUCAUCGGAGUAGGUCUUUAAAACCCUCUUAAGCCGACACAUUUCUGUAAAUGAUUUCACAGGUAUGUUUGUCGGGUUUAAUACAUCUGUGUGUCUGUCUUUACUCAUCGCAGGACUCUGGUGUUUAAGUGCAGCAGCUACAGACACGCACGCUGGUGGGGUCAGAGCAUCGAGAGUUUCGUGAGGGAGAAUGGAAGGGCUUUCCUCCGGGAUCACCGCUUCGGAUCGUUCGCACAAGAGCAGGAAAACAUCCCUUCAAAAUGGUAACUACUAAACAAAAGUGAGAAAAGUACAUUUAGUUGUCCUCCGACUGAAAUUUAUAGUAUUUAUGUGGGAUUUAAGAAGUCUGGGAGCUUCAUCUUUAGGAAUUAGAUCUCGCCUCUGUGCCUUUCUCUGGCAACUGUGGAAAUAUUUGCAAAGAUUGAGCAGUCAGCACUCUUAGAGGUCUUCUUUUUCUUGCUCUCUCCUCCCUAGCAGGCAGAUUGUGUGAAACUGAAUCAUCUGUGUGAUAAUGUCAUUAUGUCUCCUUUGUAAUGAGUAAAACAUGCUGUGCUCCUGUGAGCUAACAGGAAAAAAAGUGUGAAAUAUAAAAAGGGGUUAUGUCAUCGUGAGACAGCAUUGGGUGUAGCCUGACGCCUGUAAGGUUAUGAAAGUUGAGGAAGUGAAGAGGCCGACUCACUUUCCCUCCUCUUCUCAUGUCUUGCCUCAUUUUUGUCAUGUCUGUUGACCUCACUGUGACAAACAGACGGAUUAUUGUUUCACGUGGUUCAAGUUGAAACACUGCAUGAGUGUGUUAACCAAUGUGUAAGUGCGUCUACAUGUGAAAACAAGCCUGUGUGACAGAGGUGUCUGCUUUCACAAUUCCCUCAGAGUGACCGUAGAUGUUUUGCAGGUACGUGAACGGAAAAACCUACAUGGAGGAUGUGGCUGAUGCUCUGGAGGAGGCCAAAGAGGAAAUCUUUAUCACUGACUGGUGGUGAGUUUUAAUGAUAUCACAAAGUUUUCUAAGGAAAGGUGAUGGUAAAGUCAACAUUAAGGAUGCUCUGAAGCAGUCAUGGUACAUUUAGUGUUGAACCACUUGUCUAAUCCAGGUUUAAAGCCAUAUCAUGGAUCACGACUCUGGUAAUGAUCUUCCUCUGCUCACUUUUCUUCAUACCACAGAGGAAAAGUGAAAAUCUUUCAUCCCUUCCAUGUGUGAAAAUAAUCAACAUCUAAACAUAAUAAACCGGCUCUAAUGGAUUAAUUUAGUCCUUUGGUUAGCAUAUGCUCUGAAACAGAUUCCUGCCAAAGCCUGAGCCAACCUGACACUCUGAUACCCUGUAAGUGUACAUGCUGUCACACAUUACAUUAUGUAUUACCCACAAGUCCUUGCUCUCAGGCAGUAAUACAAUGGUUCUGGCUCUAAUUACAGUCCAUCCACACACCCAGAAUAGAAACACACUGACAGUGAAAAACAGUCUCCAUAUUGUCGCUGUUACACCCACCAGCAGCAUGUCGCUCUGAAAUUUGAGUGUGUAUUUACACACCUGUGUGUGUUUGUAGACACAUAAUUAAACAAAGAAAAUUAAGAGAAAAGGGGGGAAAGGGUUAAGUUGUCUUGAGUAAAAACUUAUUAGCUGAUAAAUAAACCUGGUUCAGGAUCAGUUCCAGUGAUUUGUACUCGACAAAAAAAAGAAAAAUAAACAACAACUGUGUGUUCAAGUCCAGUUAAACUUUGAAUGAGUUCCUUUUUAGACGGUUUAAAGCCUUUGUGCACACGUGGCUGAAAUCUCUUUGUUCCAAGACCAUAAUCACAGGGCUCAGUGUCUUAACCAAUGAGGUGUCAGCUUGUGAAAUGUGAGCCAAUUUUAUUGUAGACAUGUACACUCAGUGUGACUGACUCACAGGAAUAAAUUGUCAUGUUUGAUGACUGUAUCCUUUCUAAAUUUCACCAAUGCUGCCCUCUUUUUUUCUGCUCCAAAUAAAUCUACACAGAUUUUUGACAUUUGGUUUGUUUGACCAGGCUGAGUCCAGAGAUCUUCCUGAAGAGACCUGUUGUCGAAGGGAACAGAUGGAGGCUGGACUGUACCCUGAAACGCAAAGCAGUAAGUGGGCUCUACAGGUAUUUGAUUGUGUUAGAAGAUGCCUCUCAUGGAAGCAACUGACUGUUUGCUAAGGGGGGUUGUGAGUCUUUAAGUUAGUCCCAGACUGUGGGCUCAUAUGUAUCAGCUAUUAGUGCUCCCAAAGGCUGUGUCCAAUAACCAGAGACAGCCAGCAGGGUGGUGUUAACAGAUGUUUUUAGUCAGUCUGAAAAACUCACUUUUAAAGACUUGCUUUUAUUUGAUGCCGUCUUUUAUCUUUUACCUCUUUUCUCUUUUACAUGUGUCUUAUUUCAGCUUUACUGUCUUUUUAGCUUUUGUUAUACUUCUACACUUCCUUAUUUUAUGUUUUUAUUUUGGUCCUCAUGGUUGCAUUAUAUGUUGCAGGGUUCUUAUAUUGUCUGGGUUCCUUAUCCCAUAUGAAAAUGGCCUUCAAUUUUAAAGCCUUGUUUUAACUGAGCUUUUUGUUUUUAUUUGUUUUUAUUUCAAUUUUGUGCUUUAUGACCAUCUGUCAAAACGCUUUAAAAACCUCUGAUUUUAAAAGUGCUAUAAAAAUGAAUUUAUUAUUAUUAGUUACAAAAAGAGCUACACGUCUGCGUGGAAACUGCACAUUGCUGAACACAGUGGAAGUUUUCAUGUGUUCAUAGAAUACAGAUAAAAACGGUCAUUUAUACUGAUGCGUCUGUCGUUCCAGAUUUUAUGGUUUAAAAUAAUCGAUCAAAUCUUUUCUAUCCCACGUCAGAGUUUAUGGUUUUUAUGUUCACUUUUAUCUGUAAGUUUGAAUCCAUCUGGACAUUUCAUACGCUGAAAGUUUCUUAAUACUACGCCAGCUUAUUCAUGCAUAGAAAUAUUCCUGUAAAGGUGAACUAAGACCCGUGCCUUGUUAGGGUAAAAGCAAUACGAUUACAAGAUUAGAUUCAGUAUAAACAGUCAGAGUAUGUUUCAUAGAACUUCUACAACAUACAGCUUCUUUUACUUUCGUUUCUUCUCUUUCCUCUUUCUGUUUUUAUCUUUUCUCAUCUAUUUUGGUUCAUGGGUUUGUUGGGAGGGGUUUUCGUUGAUUUAAGCUCCAUGGCGCUGAAGCUGACUAUUUAGCCUCCCCAAAGGCCCAACUUGAUGAAACACCAGUGAAGGGAGGUGCCCACUUUAAAACCCUGUUGAUGCGCUGGCUGGAUGCCCAUCUUCCCCUAUCUCUCUGCUUGCUUAGAUCAUAGGGAUGUGUCGAUUUGAAACUGUGAACAGUUUACAUGAAAUACUAUUUUCACUCUUCCUCCUUACAGCAACAGGGUGUUCGCAUCUUUGUGAUGUUGUAUAAAGAGGUGGAGCUCGCCCUGGGCAUCAACUCGGGCUACAGCAAGAGGACCCUCAUGCAUCUGCACCCCAACAUCAAGGUAACUAACAGAGAAUGAUACCAAAGUGUUUUUUUUAAUAUUUUUUUAAAGUAUAAUCAAUGUUUUAUAUUUCAUAUUAUUAUUCUGUAGGUGAUGCGACAUCCAGACCACGUCUCCUCUUCUGUGUAUCUUUGGGCACAUCACGAAAAAAUCGUUGUCAUCGAUCAGUCAGUGGCGUUCGUUGGCGGGAUCGACCUGGCGUAUGGCCGCUGGGAUGACAGAGAGCACCGGCUGACGGAUGUCGGCAGUGUGACGCGCUCCGUUGCCCUGGAGCAGGUCAGACACACAAAAAAACACACAACUAAUUAAAAUCCACAGUUUGGAGUUAUUGGCAAUAACUGUGUUUCCGCGCUCUUGACAAACGGUUCAAAUCAAAGAGGAGCAAACGGUUUCAUUAAAAACUGGCACGGUCAGGGGUGAUGGUGGGUGAAGUGAUGGAACUGCAUGUACCCUCAGUGACAGCCUGUGGUCAGUGUGUUGCACUUUUGUAGUGCCAGCUUUUGCACAGGCUUUUGGUUUUAAUCACACAUAAUUCUUCCAAACACAAGCGGCUGCCUCGAGAAACACAAAAACUUCAUACCAGUGAUCUCACAACCAGUAUCAAGAUUUUGGGGAGGAGAUAUUUAUUGCAGAUUUCACUCAUGCUCCAAAUAAAGUAAACCCGGUCAGGAUAAUCCCUUUAACCUUACUGACUCUUCCUGCAGUCGUUGUAUCAAUAAAAACAGACUAACACAUUAUUGUCUUCUUGAUAUCAGGCUGGCUCCACCAACGCUCCGGCCACUAAAGGCGUGUCCUUUGUUGACGGCGUGUCUGACGGCGUCUCCAAAAGCAAUGGAAGAGAAACGCCGCCCGCUGCUGAAACGGUGGAGUUACCGAAGCUGAAGGGGAUUGGACGCAACAGGAGGGCUCGCUUCAGUCUGUACAGACACCUGCACAAACACACCAUGCAGCAUGCCGACAGUGUCAGCAGUGUGGACAGCUCAGGUUUGUUUACAUGUGUAUAUAAGAGUGUUGGAAAAGUUGAUUGAAAGAACAUGACGAUGAUGAUGACCUUGUUGUAAAAGAGCUCAAUGCAUGGAGAGUACAUGCAGUCCUUUAACUAGUGUGUUUCCCUCUCUCCUGUGUGUGUGUGUGUGUGUGUGUGUGUGUGUGUGUGUGCAGGGAGUGGUUCAGUGCAGAGCCUAAAGACAGGCGUUGGAGAGCUACAAGGCAACACGCGCUUCUGGCAUGGAAAAGAUUACUGUAACUUCGUGUACAAAGACUGGAUUCAGCUGGAGAAACCUUUUGAUGGUGUGUUACACAAAUGAACACACACGUUUUGGCUUAGGCUACUUCUAAGGACACUACACAGAUUUAAAUUUAUGUCAAGGGGACCAGUCUUUACUCUGACCUUGUCACCCGAGACAAACUGGUCUUCAGUUUGAAACAUGUCCUCUAAAGUUUUUCGUUUUGCUUCUGCUGGUUUUUGGUUCCUCUGGUGUUACCUCAUAUUACCUUGAAUAGUGUGUGUUUUCUUAUUAAACUGGUGUGAUGGAAAAGAAUAGUCAUCUGGAAAACUAACGGAAACCAGCACCGUGGACCACAUACUGUAUAUGCUUCGCUUUUUUUCCUCUCUGCUUCAAACUCUCUGACCCCUCGCUGUUUUUCUACCUUCUUCCCUAGACUUCAUUGACAGGUACACAACUCCCAGAAUGCCUUGGCACGACAUCGCCUCAGUGGUUCAUGGCAAAGCUGCUCGAGACGUGGCGAGACAUUUCAUUCAGCGUUGGAACUUCACAAAGGUACUGCAAAAACACACACAGGGAGUUAAAACUUAAGUCUUUACCCAGAAUUUUAAGAGCUGAAUCCUCUUUGUUUGCAUAUUGAGUAACUUUUCAAUAGUGAUACCUUUUUACACCUUAAUCCUCACACCCAGGCUUCCCAUAAGAUCACAUUUCCUGCAGCUGUUUUCACUCUUUUCCUCCUUUGACUCUACGAUCCUUUACUGUGUCUCUUACAGAUCAUGAAGCCAAAGUACCGCUCUCUUUCUUAUCCAUUCCUGCUGCCCAAGUCUCACUCCACUGCAAAUGAGCUCAGAUACCAGGUCCCUGACAGUGUCAAUGCCAAAGUGCAGGUAAGAAGAAAAGCUGUUUUUUCUUUUUAGCCAAAGUAAACCCAUUAAAAAAACACAUGGGGUGUAAUUACACAAAAUUAGAAAGUGGGGUUAAAACCAGCCAUUCACCAGAGUUUAAAAGACCCACUGGUAGAGAAUCGGAGAAGAAAACACAAGAGCACUCUCACAGUACAAACUCCCACUAUCACGUACGACUUUCCACCAGCAGGUCUUCGAGCGCUGCUGGACGAAGAUAAAAGAGAGUGAGCGUUCACAAACUCCCCAGGGGCUGAAAAGUUAUGUAACUAUGAAGGUUUGAGCUUUCAGUUGACACUCGAGGGUUUUUUCGCCUGAAGGAAUCUACCUUUGAGUGAGGCACUUGGCUAAAAUAAGACAGGCGUGAAGACUUUGAAUCCAUCAGGUUUGGUUUGAAGCGCUCUUUGUUUUCUCUGGGUAAUUUGAUAAAAGUUUGUGGGCUUUGUUUGUAUCUUGUUUUUCAGCUGACAUCCCUGUUUGUUUACCUGUUUGUCUGCUAUACUUUAGACUGAUAAUUUACCACAAAUUACUCUGUUUUUCCAUUUUUGAGCUCUAGAAUUGUCACAAAGUUGGGCCAAAUAUUCAUUAAUGAUACUGCUUGGACUAAUAGGGGCUGCUGUAUAAACAUAAGGUUACCUGAAAAAAAGUGCAAAGGCCCUUUUUCAGACCACAACCAUAACCCUAAAUCUGUGUCUACAAGGUGUUGCGGUCAGCGGCAGACUGGUCAGCAGGCAUCAAGUACCACGAGGAGUCCAUCCAUAACGCCUACAUCCAGGUCAUCGCCAAGAGCAAACACUACAUCUACAUCGAGGUAAAACCAUUUACUUUAAUGACAUUCUACUUUUGUGAGUUAUGUAAAAUCAUAAUUUCUGAUUCAAGUUGUUGUAAUUUCACCAACAUCUGCACCUAGGGUGAAGCUAUUAAAUGAUUUUUCAGUCACUUUUGUCGGGAUUGUACGAAUGCUAAAAGCUAAAUUGGCUUAAUUAGUGUUUCAGACAGAGAUGUAAUUUUAAGGAACUUGCAAAGAAAAUCUUAUCCUGAAAUGUCCCGAAAUAAGGGUUGUAAAUUUUGUGUAGUUGAUGCAAAGUUUGCAAAUGAAGCACUCCUGUCUCCUACCUUUCUACCUUAACCUACAUAAACAUCUGUAACUAUUUCUAAUUGGCUCCGCUGUGAUUUGUUUCUCUUUUUCUUUCUGAUCAGAACCAGUUCUUCAUCAGCUGUGCCGACAACCGAACGGUCUACAACAAGAUCGGAGACGCCAUCAUCGAGAGGAUCAUCAGAGCACACAAGUACUUCCCUUUAUUUAAACUACGUAUUUGUUUUAGGACUACUCAAUCUUAAGGUGUCUUUUAUGUUUGCAAGAAAGAUUAGUUUCUCUUACCGCAGCAGGACACUGAUGGUCUUUGUCUUUUUGUAACUGCUCUGUGUUUGCUCACAGGGAGGGGAAGAAGUACCGCGUGUAUGUGGUCACCCCUCUGCUUCCUGGAUUUGAGGGAGACAUCACGACAGGAGGAGGGAACGCCAUUCAGGCGGUGAUGCACUUUAACUACAGGUGAGCCGCACAGCACUUUCACAAGUCCAAGUCAAAUACUGAAAGAGGAACAGAGAAAGGGAAUGAAAUGUGAACCAUUUUAUUUGGAGUUUAUUUAAGGUAGGAUGUGUAAUGUUUCUAGACUUUCUGAUGAGUUUAAAUCUCUUCCAUUCCCAGAACAAUGAUCAGAGGAGAGUACUCCAUCAUUUCCCAGCUGAAAAGAGAGAGUAAGUGCAGGAAAAAGUUAUAAAAUUGAAGAUUUUAUAUCUUUAAUUAAAUUGAAGGCUAAGAUUGUGCUGAUUUAUUUCCCCACCUUGCUUAGUGGACGACCAGUGGAUGAACUACAUCUCCUUCUCCGGACUGCGGACUCAUGCCGAGCUGGAGGGACGGCUGGUCACGGAGCUCAUCUACGUCCACAGCAAGAUGCUCAUCGCUGACGACAACACAGUCAUCAUCGGUCAGUCUCUCGUCUGCUCUCUCUCGUUCUGUCCCUUUUUCUUUUCUCAGGUUGUUUUCACCAAACAAUAUUUUUAGCAUGUCUGCGUUGACACCAGCAGGAAUGUGUUAAAUCUCAAAAUCUGGCUUAAGAUUUCAUCUCUUGCCAUGUGUGCAGCUAAAAAAUGUGCAUAUAAAUACCGGUGAAAUGUUGUGUUUGCUGAAGGAUAGCUCGACUGCACCCUCUGCUGGUGUGUGACAUGCUACUCCAUCUCUCGCUCUGCUUUUUCUUUUGGUUUUUUUAGACAUUGUUUUUAAGAAAUUUAAAGGAGAAGAUGCUUUUCUUUAAUUAUAAGAUCAUUAAUUACAAUUUUAAAAAUAUAAUGGGGUAACAAUGGGGACAGAAAGAGUGUAACAGAUGCAGAAUUACAACUUUCAUUCUCCGUUCUGUGUAUAUUUUUUUCAGGUUCUGCUAACAUCAACGACAGAAGCAUGCUGGGUAAGCGUGACAGCGAGGUGGCGGUGAUCGUGGAGGACUCUGAAAAGGUUCCAGCUGUGAUGGACGGACAAGAGUAUGAAGCCGGACCCUACGCACUCCAGCUUCGCCUCGAGUGCUUCAGGUGUGUGUUUGCACUAUUUGGAGUGUGUGGAGAUCAGUCAGAGAAGUACAGUAUGUCAUAAACUUCUCUUUAAAAUCAGUUAUGUAUACCUUGUUUUCCUUUUCCCAAUCAGAACUAUCCUUGGAGGCCACACCGACUCCAGUAUUGACCUUUCUGACCCGAUCAGUGAUCGCUUUUACAAGGAGGUGUGGAUGACCACUGCAGGCCGCAACGCUACCAUCUAUGAAAAGGUAUGGACUUAACUGUUCAUGAUGUACUGACUCUUGUGACAGAGAGUUGUAGAUGCUUUGAUUAACCGUGGAGGGUCUUGCAACUGCCACAAAAACCAUCCUGACCUCUGUUCUCAGAAGAGCCUCACCCCCAAUUUCCACCGCACCCGCCAAGACUCUGAUCCAGAACAGUGGUGAUUUACGCUGUCCGCCAAUUCCUACCGGAUCCAUUUGUGAGGCAAAUUUCAUGGCAGAUUACCGACAGCGAGAAUCGCGAGAACUCCCAAGAACCCGCGGAUUCACAUGCAAUCGCUCAACAACAAGUUAUCUCUAUAAAGACAGCUACAUAACCAUAUAAGCAGUAGAUUGUGCCCUUCCAGGGGAGGAAAUCUACUUCUAGAUUUCUAAAAUCAGCAUCUCCUCAUCCAUAGUGUCAUCGGGGUGAAAGGCUGUCUAAAAACCCUUCACUCGUUCGUCCCAAAGUUGGAAUGGUGGGAAAUGUGAUCUGCCUUAAACACGGAGUGUUUUAUUUUGAAAAGAAGCUGGAUGUUGUAUUUUGUGUCUGUGGCCAACUUCCUUUCCAGCACGGCCUAGAAAAAAAAAAUCUCUUACGAUCAGGAGCAGAACGGAAAGAAACCGGUGUUAAUUGACACAUUAACUUGAAUGGUUACGAUCAGCUGCGAUCGGCGGAUACUUCCUUUUUGUAGCGGUGGAAAUUGGGCGUUAAAGACGUCAACUCACGUACUCUAGAGUUUAUUUUUGUGUGUUUCCCUCCAGGUUUUCCGUUGCCUUCCUUCGUCCCUGGUGAGGAACAUGGCUGAGCUGGAGCAAUACCAGUCCAAACCAGGUUUGGCCCAGACAGACCUGACCCGCGCUCAGGAGGAGCUGCGCAAAAUCCGAGGCUUCCUGGUCCAGUUUCCUCUGGACUUCCUGUCUGAGCAGAACCUCAUGCCUUCUGUGGGAACCAAGGAGGCCAUGGUCCCAACUGAGAUCUGGACGUAA